AUGGCCGCGGCCGUGAAGCCGGCGCCGGCGACGAAGGAGUGGGAGGUGCACAAGUUCGGCGGCGCGUCGCUCGCGGACGCGGGGCUCUACCGGACCGUCGGCGACCUGCUCAUCCAGGAGGCCAUGGGCAAGCAGUCCGACGGCGCCGUGCCGACCAUGGCCAUCGUGUCGGCCAUGGGCGGCAUGACGGAUUUGCUGGUCAAGGUCGUCGACAGCGCCUUGGUCGACAUCGACCAGGCCAAGGUCGACCUCGACGCGGCCGUCGAGCGCCAGCUCGGGACGCUCAACGAGCUCGCGCCGCCGGAGAUCGUCGCGCCCAUCGAGCGGCGCAUCCGCGACGACGCGGCCGACGUGAUCUCCCUCGUGCGCUCGCUGACGCUCAUCAAGUCCGUGCCGGCGGUGACCAUGAAGGUCGUCACGGGCUUCGGCGAGAUCUGGUCCGCGCAGACGCUCCACGCCUACCUCCAGACCCAGGGCGUGCCCUGCGACUGGGUCGACGCGCGCGAGAUCUUGGUGGUCAAGUCCGACUCCGCGGGCCUCGGCGAGAAGGGCUCGACGUCGACGACGGGCGUCGUGCCGCUCUGGGGCGAGACGUCGAAGCGCAUGGCCGCGUGGUGGACCAAGUGGGGCCAGCCCUUCGAGAAGCUCGACUACAACGAGAAGAGCCCCAUCCUCGUCUGCACGGGCUUCGUGGCGACGUCCAAGGACGGCGUGCCGACGACGCUCAAGCGGUCCGGAAGCGACUACUCGGCGACGAUCUUCGCCAAAUUGCUCGGCGCGUCGCGCGUGACCAUGUGGAAGAACACGAACGGCGUCUACACGGCGGACCCGCGCCGCGUGCCCGAGGCCUUCCCCAUCGAGAGCCUCAAGUACGACGAGGCCAUGGAGCUCGCGUACUUCGGGGCCCAGGUGCUCCACCCGUCGGCCAUGCUCCCGUGCAUCGACGACAACAUCCCCGUCUACGUGCGCAACAUCUUCAACCCGUCCUUCGAGGGCACGGUCAUCGAGGGCCGCUCCGACACGCUCGCGGCGUCCUGGGGCAAGGUCGAGGACGACGAGGACGCGGCGCUCAUCAAGGGCAUCACGUCCAUCGACGACGCGUCGCUGUUGACGCUCGAGGGCGCGUCCCUCGCCGGCGGCGCCUCGGAGGUCGGCGAGAAGGUCCUGGCGGCCAUGUCCAACGCCAAGGUGUCCGUGCUCAUGAUCACGCAGGCGAGCUCCGAGUCGUCCGUGACGAUCGCGGUCCCCGCGAACCAGGGCCAGCUCGCGAUCCGCGCCGUCGAGGGCGCCUUCGAGCUCGAGCUCGCGCGGUCGACCGUGGGGUCCGUGUCGCUCCUCGAGGACAUGUCCAUCGUCGCCAUCGUCGGCGAGGGCAUGGCGAAGCGGCCCGGCGCGUCGUCGACGUUCAUGUCGGCGUUGGCCGGCGCGGGCGUCAACAUCGCCAUGAUCGCCCAGGGGUCGUCGGAGCGCCAGAUCGCCGUCGCCGUGCCCAAGGACGCGGCGACGCGCGCGCUCCGGGCCGCCCACGCGGCGUUCACGCUCGGCGAGAAGGCGACGUCCGUCGCGGUGCUCGGCGCGUCCGGCGCUUUAGGGGCGCAGCUCCUCAAGCAGCUCAAGGCCCAGCAGGAGACGCUGGAGACGGAGCUCAAGACGGAGUACAAGGUCAUCGCCGUGGCCAACAGCGCGAAGAUGACGCUCGCGACGGCGGACCAGACCGCGGGGCUGCUGGGCGAGCUCGGGGCCGGCGCGGACGUGAACCCGCAGCGCGUCAUCAUCGACGCGACGGCGUCCGAGGACAUCGCGGCGCGCUACGAGGGCUGGAUCGAGGCGGGCAUCUCCGUCGUGUCGCCGUCGAAGCUCGUCGCCUCCGGCCCCGCGGGCCGCCGCGCGGCGUGCCUCAAGGCCGCGAAGCUCAACCGGGGCGCGACCUGGCAGUACGAGUCGUCCGUGGGCGCGGCGCUGCCCGUGCUCACGACGCUCCAGGACCUGCUGGCCACGGGCGACAAGGUCACGGAGAUCCGCGGGUGCCUCUCCGGCACGAUGGCGUACACCUUACGGAACCACCAGGAGGACAAGGCCUUCUCCGCGUCGCUCGCCGAGGCCUACGCCGCGGGCUUCACGGAGCCCGACGUCCGCGAGGACCUGAGCGGCGUCGACAUGGCGCGCAAGGUCGUGAUCCUCGCGCGCGAGCUCGGGUUGGACGUCGACGUGGAGGACGUCGACGUCGAGUCCAUCAUCCCCGCGGAGAUGGUCGACAAGACCUACGUCGCGGACCCCGCGGGCAAGGCCGCGGCCGUCUUCGCGGACCUCAAGGCCAUGGGCGUCGACGCGGCCAUGGACGAGCGGCUCGCGGCGGCCAAGGCGGAAGGCAACGUGCUCCGCUACACGUUCAUCGUCGACGCGGUCGCCAAGACCUGCGCCAUCAAGCUCCUCCCCACGGGGCCCAAGGAGUCCCUCUUCCGCCUCAAGGAGAACGAGAACCUCGUGUCCUUCACGACCGCGCGCUACGCGACCGCGCCCCUCAUCAUGAAGGGCUCGGCCGCGGGCGCGGAGCUCGCGGCGUCCGGCAUCUUCGCGGACCUCCUCCGCCUCUCGCGCACCUUCGGCUGA